AUGCGUGCCUUCACCACAGUCCUUGCGGUUCUUCUCCCUUGCGCAGUACUAGGACAACUGACAGACAGCGAUGGCUACACCGGCUACAAGCUCGACAUCCGUGAAGAUGGAGAUCCUCUUGCCGUCGUGUACGAGACUGAGAACACAACCCCAAACGUCUCUGCCUUGGUCCCCGAGCCGGACGUAGUUCUCAACGCCUCAGUGCACGUCGGAGAAAUAUAUAUUGGCGUCGACAACCUGACCGCAAGAAUCAAUCUUGACGCGCAAGUUCUCUCAUUGCUAUCGUUCAACGCCGGCGUCGAUCUCUCCAUCGACAAAGUCUCGCUUCUGAUCCAGAACGUAACCGCAAAAGUCUACCUGGAAGCGCGCCUCACGAACCUCGUUUCUAUGGUUAGCGAUGUGCUUGACAGCAUCGAUCUGAACCCAGUCAUCGCCGAGCUAGGCAACGGACUGGGCAGCAUCAUCAACGACACAGCCGGUCUGAUUGGAGACGUGACGGAUGGCCUGGGAUCAGGAACGAAUUCGACAUCUUCCGGCUCGCCAACUUCUGCAGCAAGUAAGCGAUCUGAGGACCUUAUGCAGUUCGAUAUCAAGAACAACAUUCUCUACUCAGCAAACGACUUCUCGGGAAACACGCAUACACGCCGUGUACUGGCACAGAAUGGCGAUAUCAUCGAGCAAAAGCUUAACAACUACGGAUCCAUCUCGAAUGAGCGCGUGGUGGGCAACUAUCAGAAGAACAUGCGAUUCAAUGGGUUCAAUGAGAGUGUCACGUUCAAAGGCGAGGAGGUCAGGGAGGAGGAGUAUGUCUACGAGCCUUUCAAGGGCCUCUUCUCGAUCGUGGGCGUUUUCAAGAACAAGAGCACUGGGGAAAUCGUGGGCACGCAGUUGCUGGCUGAAGCGAGGGGAGGUGGAAGUGCGACGAUCGGAAACGAGCAAGAUCUAGGGUAG